AUGGAUCCCAAUGAAAUGCCUGCUGUGCCCUGCGGCCCCCCUGACUCCACCACUGGACUUGAGACCGGAGCCCCAUGGGGGAUUGAACCUGGCCCCAGAAGAGCUAAACGUCGCAGAGCCCGCUGCCACAAACACGGCAUCACUGCCCAAGUCAAGGACCAGGAGCACUACUGCCUCUUCAAGGUCUGCGAGUGUCACAAGUGUGCCCUCUUCUCGGAACACUGCAGCAUCUUGCCUGCUGAGAGUACCUUGAAGUCAGAGCAGGGGCCACUCCGAAAGAGGCACCUGACUGAAGGACUGAUAAGGAGUGGGACCACCUCUCCCAAAGCUCACAGUCAUGUCAACAAGUUGGCCAUUCAAGCAGGAGUCCCCAGCAAGCUCCCAAGGAGCUCUGCUGAUCGGUCUGGCCUCGGAAUCUUUGUCUCUGUCCUGGACUCCAGCACCCUUGAAGAAGCAACUAACAAUUUCUCUUUCCAGGAAGACACACAGACCCCCUGCCCUGCCCAGCAGGCUCCCAAAGCUUCCGACCAGGUCUCGGUUUCUGCCUCCUCAGAGUGGCAGCGAAAACUGGAAGCGGCCGAGGCUCUGCUGGCUCUGAGAGAAUCUUCCCAGGCCCCUUCUGGCUCCAUCUCUGUGCUCCAGCCCUGAGUUGCACCAGCUCCUGCUGGAGAUAGAGGACUUCAGCCUCCUAACCCCUCUCUUGGACCUGCGCCAGCCAGCUCUGUUUCUCUGCCUAAUGGACACCUGGGGUGCAUCUCCCCCUUGAGCUAGAAGCCCAGAGGGGGAGAACUCACUAAAAUACUGCCUAUGUAUGCAUUUGCAAAAUGCUUAAUGUCCAAAAUUCUUAACGUCUUUUUCUAAGCCCUUAGGCGCUUAUAUAAGCUUUCAGACCCGUUUUUUUAUACGGGGCAAUUCCUUGACUGAGGAUGGAUAUUCUUGUACCUCCAUCCUUUACUUUCUUGGAUCCCAGGGCCUUUUAAUGUCUCUUAUGAAAACAGGGUUGUACAAUCUAAGCUGAUCAGUCUCUAAAUAGGGUUCUGUGUGAGUCCAUAUGUUCAUCUGCCAGAGGUUUUAUUGGAUUCGUGAUUGUGAACAUAC